AUGGCAUCAGAACAUAAGGAUUGUGAUGGAAGAAUUCGAUGUCCUUGUGUGAGAUGUAUAAAUAGUAGGUUUGAAAAAAUAGAUAGGGUUAGAGCACACGUAUUUGAUCGAGGUUUCAUGCAAGGAUAUGAUAAGUGGAUUUAUCACGGCGAGCCUGAGGAUGUUGUCGAUGAUGUAGCAGCUGCCGAUAUUGAAUCAGAGGAUGAAAUGAUACCUAUUCUAGAAGACUUCUUUCCCCCAACAACAGAGGAUGUACAAGGAGAAGAUGAACAACCAACCACAAACCCUCAGUUUGAUGACUUAUUUGAGGAAAUUGAAGCUGAAUUGUAUCCCGGUUGUGAUUGGAUUUCGUCUCUCAACUUUUUAGCAAAGCUAUUGCAUUUAAAACUUUUUAGCAGCUGCCGAUGUGAUUGGAUUUCGUCUCUCAUCUUUGAAGAAUUAUUGAAGCUUUUAAAGUUUGCGUUUCCGAAGGAAAAUAAUAUUCCAUCAACUUACUACGAGGAGAAUGCAUCCAAGGAGGCUUGUCCAGUUUGCGGAACUAGUCGUUGGGUUACUUCCGAGAACGGGAAAGGAAAAAAAGUUCCUUGCAAAGUCAUGCGAUACUUUCCGUUGACACCUCGACUUAAAAGAUUAUAUAGUUCGAGGAUUACAGCGAAAAGCAUGAUAUGGCAUCAUACUGGAAAAUCAAAAGAUGAUGGGGUGUUGCGACACCCGGUCGAUGGUUUAGCUUGGAAAGACUUUGAUGCAAAACAUCCCGAGUUUGCAAGGGACCCAAGAAAUGUUCGACUUGGGUUAGCUGCUGAUGGAUUUAAUCCAUUUGGCAACAUGAGUCUUGCAUACAGCAUGUGGCCAGUGGUGGUAGCUAACUAUAAUCUACCACCUUGGUUAUGUAUGAAAGAUAAUUAUUUUUUGCUAUCUACCCUAAUUCCUGGUGCAAAAUCUCCAGGUAAAGACAUGGAUAUAUUUUUAAGACCUUUGGUGGAUGAAUUAAAGGAGUUGUGGAAUAAUGGGGUAGCAACGAGAGAUAGUUCGACCAACUCGAUGUUCACCAUGCGUGCUGCGCUUUUGUGGACAGUGAAUGAUUUUCCUGCUCGUAGUAGCUUGUCUGGGUGGAGUGGUCAAGGUUAUAAAGCUUGCCCUACUUGUAAUGAAGACACGACAUCCAUUCGAGUGAUCGGGAAGACAUCAUAUGUUGGUCAUCGAAGGUUCUUGCCAAGUAACCAUGCAAUGAGAAGGGAUACUCGAUUUGAUGGUAAAGUUGAAAGAAGACCUCCUCCAAGACGAUUUACUUGUGAAGAAAUAUUAUCACAAGUUAAUGCUCUCGAACCCCAAAUUCCCGGACAUCAUGAAAAUUUUGGGGGCGUGAAACGUAGAAGAGUUGCAGAAAAUUGUAAUUGGAGGAAAAAAAGUAUUUUCUACGAGUUGGAGUAUUGGAGCACGAAUAUUUUAAAACACAACAUUGAUGUCAUGCAUGUUGAGAAGAAUGUGUGUGAUAGUCUCCUAGGAACCAUCUUGGAUAAUGAUAAAUCAAAGGACACAACCAAUGCGCGCCAUGAUUUAAAGAAGAUGGGUAUUAGGGAAUCGUUGUGGAUUUAUGAAGAUGGGAAUGGGAGGCUAAUGAAACCGCAUGCUCCUUAUGUUUUGACUCGUGAGAAAAGACAACUUUUUUGUCAGUUUGUUAAAGGAAUAAAGUUUCCCGAUGGCUUCUGUUCAAAUUUAAAGAGCAAAGUUUCUCCAGAUGAGUCUAACAUUAUUGGGUUAAAAUCCCACGAUUGUCAUGUCAUUAUGCAGCGAGUACUAGCGGUUGGUGUCCGUAAAUUUCUACCUCGUGACACUGCAACAACUAUUACUCAGCUGUCUUUUUUUGACAUAAUGAUACACUUGGUAUUGCAUUUGCCUGAAGAAGCGAUAUUGGGUGGCCCGGUCUUUAUGAGAUGGAUGUAUCCUUUUGAAAGGUACAUGAAAAAAUUGAAGAAUUAUGUGGAAAAUAAGGCACGUCCUGAAGGGUCAAUUGCAGAAGGUUAUGUUGCUAAUGAGGCAGUAACCUUUUGUUCAAUGUACUUUAAAGGGUGUGAAACAAGAUUUAAUCGGCUUGAUCGAAAUGAAGAUGCGCCUUCUGUUUGUCGCUAUCUCUCAGUUUUUAAUUCUCAAUCUCGUCCUUUAACUAGCGGACUUAUCAAGCCUCUUGAUCAUACCAGUCGUGAAAAAGCUGAGUGGUACAUUCUUCAAAAUUCUCCUGAAAUCCAAGCUUACUUAGAUGAACAUUUGGACAAGAUCAGGCAUGAAUAUAACGACAAAAUUUUAUGUCCGUGGUUUCACAAGAAGAUAUAUGAGUUGCACAAGCUUGGAACUUUACAAAAUGGUGAUGAGUUACUCGCUCUCGCUUCCGGGUCCGAUUACUUAGCAACAUUUUACGAAGGUUGUGUAGUGAAUGGUGUUCGGUUUAUUGCAUCAAAGCGAGACCAAAAGCGGAAGACACAAAAUAGUGGUGUUACUGUUGCUGGAACUGAAGGGUUUAAUUAUUACGGCACACUUGAAGAUGUAAUCACUAUAUCUUAUACUGGUGCAUAUACAGUGUCAUUGUUUGAAUGUAAAUGGUAUAACACUAAUCCAUUAAGAAAGAAGACAAUCACUGAAAAUAAUAUAACUAGUAUAAAUACUCGUGGAUAUUGGUAUCAAGAUGAACCGUACAUCCUUGCUAACCAGGCGAAGCAAGUUUUCUAUCUUGAAGAUCCACUCAGAGGUCGCGAUUGGAAGGUUAUUGAAGAUAUUAGCCAUCGACAAAUUUGGGACAUUGCUGACAACGAAGAUGAGACUGAUGUAGAUGUUGUUAGUGAUUCUAACUCUGCCAAUUUUGUGUUGACGGUUGAUCUUGGAGAGUUGAUUAUGCAAUCGAAUGAACCUCCAGUAAUUGUUGAAUCGUCCGAUCAGUUAGUGGAUUCUGAGAUAGAGAAUAAUGAACUUGAUGAAAAUUAUGUUGCUGAAGAAGUAGAUGAUUUACUAGUUGAACAUGUAGAGGAUGAAAAUGUAAACUUAGUGAAUGAUGGAAAUGAUAGUGAUUCUUCAGUGUAACUUUUAUUUUGUAAACAUUUGUUACUAAAUUUUUUUACAAUUAAAGGAAUAUUUAAUUUCUUUCGUAUUAACAUUUUAAAUACAUAUAUUUCAAUUAUGUGUUUCACAUUUGUGAAUUCUUACAUUUUUUUCCGUCUUCAAAGUAAAGUAAAAUGUCAGCUACGUUAGCGACAUACCACGGUGGGGAUGGUGAUGGCAGGGAUCCCCCUGAUCCUUCUAGGGUACCGUCGUCUUGCGAAGCAGGUUUUCAUAUUUUUUGAAAUCUACAAUUGUUCUGAAUAUAAAUAGUGAAUGUAUGAUUUACUAAUAAAAUUAUUUUUCCCUCGAAUAUGUAUAGACCCACCUCCGGUCAGAAAGGGUCGUGGGGUUGCCGCAAACGCUAAUCUCGAAAAAAAAAGGAGAGAAGCUGGUAAGCCCUUACCGGUGGAGGUAGAUCUUGAAACCGGCAAAGUUGUUGGCACUGAAGCAAGCAAUUAUGUUCGAUUUCUUGGCCAACAAGUGAGCAUGUUGUGCCCGGGUGGUCAUCUAAAUUUUUCCGAUGUACCCCAACAAUACAAGGAUCAAGUGCUCAAUCGAAUUAGAGUGAGUGAUUUUUAAUUAUUAAAGGUUGUAAUAAUUUUAUGUCCUCAUUUAUAAAUUAACAUAAUUUUAAAUUAUUUUAUUACAUAGUACUAUUUUGAUAUCGAUGGGAAUCCCCAUCGAGACCUACUUAUGGGGACUUUAUAUUCGGUGAUGGCGGAGCGGUAUAGUGAGCGAAAGACGCUCAGACACAAGCAUUUCAAACAACAUUACAAAAAACCAGAAGAUUGGGACACAGUUCUCAAAUUCCCCCCUGACUACUUGAAUACCGAGACUUGGAAACCGGUUUGCGAAUUGUUCGUUAGCGAGGCAUUUUUGAAUCGUUCAACUAAAAAUAAAUCGAAUCGGCAACUAAUGAAAUAUCCAACAACGCAAGGCACAAAAUCGUUGGCGUCCAUACGCCACGGAAUGGGGGGUCCUCCUGGAGAGCAUGUAGUUGAAGCAUGGAAGGAGAUCCAUGUGAAAAAACCGUCUGGAACUUUCGUUAAUUAAUUAGCUGCAAAAGAUUAUGUAAGUGAUUAAAAU